GGAGAAAGACCUGGAGGCCAAGUUCAUUAUUCAAAUGGAGAAAAGCAAAACAACAAUCACAAACUUAAAGAUACCAGAAGGAGGGACUGGCGACUCAGGAAGAGAACGAACCAAGACCUUCACCUAUGACUUUUCCUUUUAUUCUGCUGAUAUAAAAAGUCCAGAUUAUGUUUCACAAGAAAUGGUUUUCAAAACCCUCGGCACAGAUGUUGUGAAAUCUGCAUUUGAGGGUUAUAACGCUUGUGUCUUUGCAUACGGGCAAACUGGAUCUGGAAAGUCCUACACCAUGAUGGGAAACUCUGGUGAUUCUGGCUUGAUACCUCGGAUCUGUGAAGGACUCUUCAGUCGGAUAAAUGAAACCACCAGAUGGGAUGAAGCAUCUUUUAGGACUGAAGUCAGCUACUUAGAAAUUUAUAAUGAACGUGUGAGAGAUCUGCUUAGGCGAAAGUCAUCGAAAACCUUCAAUUUAAGAGUCCGUGAGCAUCCGAAAGAAGGACCUUAUGUUGAGGAUUUAUCCAAACAUUUGGUACAGAACUAUGGUGACGUGGAAGAACUCAUGGAUGCAGGGAAUAUCAACCGUACCACAGCAGCCACUGGAAUGAAUGAUGUCAGUAGCAGGUCUCAUGCUAUCUUCACCAUAAAGUUUACUCAGGCAAAGUUUGAUUCAGAAAUGCCGUGUGAAACUGUGAGUAAGAUCCACUUGGUUGACCUUGCUGGAAGUGAGCGAGCAGAUGCCACGGGAGCCACUGGGGUUAGACUAAAAGAAGGGGGAAACAUCAACAAAUCCCUUGUGACCCUGGGAAAUGUCAUUUCUGCCUUAGCCGAUUUAUCUCAGGAUGCAGCAAACCCUCUUGUAAAGAAGAAGCAAGUUUUUGUGCCUUACAGGGAUUCUGUUUUGACUUGGUUGUUAAAAGAUAGCCUUGGAGGAAACUCUAAAACUAUCAUGAUUGCUACCAUUUCACCUGCUGAUGUCAAUUAUGGAGAAACCCUAAGUACUCUUCGCUAUGCAAAUAGAGCCAAAAACAUCAUCAACAAGCCUACCAUUAAUGAGGACGCCAAUGUCAAACUCAUCCGUGAGCUGCGAGCUGAAAUAGCCAGACUGAAAAUGCUGCUUGCUCAAGGAAAUCAGAUUGCUCUCUUAGACUCUCCCACAGCUUUAAGUAUGGAGGAAAAACUGCAGCAGAAUGAAGCAAGAGUUCAAGAAUUGACCAAGGAGUGGACAAAUAAGUGGAAUGAAACUCAGAAUAUUUUGAAAGAACAAACUCUAGCCCUUAGGAAAGAAGGAAUUGGUGUCGUUUUGGAUUCUGAACUGCCUCAUUUGAUUGGCAUCGAUGAUGACCUUCUGAGUACUGGAAUCAUCUUGUAUCACUUGAAGGAAGGUCAGACAUAUGUUGGUAGAGAUGAUGCUUCAACAGAACAAGAUAUUGUUCUUCAUGGCCUCGACUUGGAGAGUGAGCACUGCAUCUUUGAGAAUGUUGGAGGGACGGUGACUCUGAUACCCCUGAGUGGGUCUCAGUGCUCCGUGAAUGGUGUUCAGAUCAUGGAAGCCACACACUUAAAUCAAGGAGCUGUGAUACUUUUGGGAAGGACCAAUAUGUUUCGCUUUAACCACCCAAAGGAAGCUGCCAAGCUCAGAGAGAAGAGGAAGAGUGGCCUUCUGUCCUCCUUCAGCUUGUCCAUGACCGACCUCUCCAAGUCCUGCGAGAACCUGUCUGCCGUCAUGUUGUAUAACCCGGGUCUUUUCCCUAUAAAAGGACCCAUCUGCCUAAGACUUGAAUUUGAGCGGCAACAGCGUGAAGAACUUGAAAAAUUAGAAAGUAAAAGGAAACUCAUAGAGGAAAUGGAGGAAAAGCAGAAAUCUGACAAGGCAGAGCUGGAGCGGAUGCAGCAGGAGGUCGAGACCCAGCGCAAGGAGACAGAGAUCGUGCAGCUCCAGAUCCGCAAGCAGGAGGAAAGCCUCAAACGCCGUAGUUUCCACAUAGAGAACAAGCUGAGGGAUCUGCUGGCCGAGAAGGAGAAGUUCGAGGAGGAAAGGCUGCGGGAGCAGCAGGAAAUGGAGCUUCAGAAGAAGAAACAAGAGGAAGAGAGCAUUCUCCUUGUCAAGGAAGAGCUUCAACGGCUCCGAGAACUCAACCACAAUGAGAAGGCCGAAAAGAUUCAGAUAUUUCAAGAACUGGACCGGCUUCAAAGGGAAAAGGAUGAACAGUACAUAAAGCUGGAAAUGGAGAAAAGGAGGCUGGAGGAGCAGGAAAGGGAGCAAAUCAUGUUUGUGGCCCAUCUGGAAGAUCAGCUUCGGGAGAAGCAGGAGAUGAUCCAGCUGCUGCGGCGAGGCGAGGUCCAGCGGGUAGAGGAGGAGAAAAAAGACCUGGAGGACAUUCGGGAAUCCCUCCUGCGGGCCAGGGAGGCACGGGCUGGUGGGGACGAAGAUGGUGAGGAAUUAGGAAAGGCUCAGCUGCAUUUCUUGGAGUUCAAGAGAAGGCAGCUGGUUAAGCUUGCAAACUUGGAGAUUCAGCAGAAAGACCUCCUAGAAAGAGAAAUUGAAGAAGAGCAGGUAACCCUGAAGCAUUUAAAAGGUGAAAAGGAUGAAGCAUCUAAGUCGCUGGGGGAAAGUGAUGAUGGUGUCACGAACGUCACCCAGAUGACUCAAGAUUUAGAAAAAAUAAAGCCUGUGGAGUGCAGGCUGCAAUAUAAAGAACGCCAGCUACAGUACCUCCUGCAACAUCAUCUGCCAACUCUGCUGGAAGAAAAGCAGAGAGCGUCUGAAAUCCUUGACAGAGGCCCUCUCGGCUUAGACAACACUCUCUAUCAAGUAGAAAAAGAAAUGGAAGAGAAAGAAGAACAGCUUGCUCAGUACCAAGCCAAUGCCAGCCAGCUGCAGAAGCUUCAAGCUACAUUUGAAUUCACUGCCAACCUGGCGCGUCAGGAAGAGAAAGUAAGGAAAAAAGAAAAAGAGAUUCUAGAGUCACAGGAGAAGCAGCAAAGGGAGGCACUGGAGCGUGCCAUUGCCAAGCUGGAGAGGAGGCACUCUGCCCUGCAAAGACGCUCCACCCUGGGCGUGGAGAUUGAAGAGCAGCGGCAGAAGCUUGCCUCUCUGAACAGCAGUGACAGUGAGCAGUCCGGGCUGUGGGCUUGCCUGGAGGCUGAGCAGGAAGCCCUGGAAAAAGAUCGGGAGAGGUUAGAACAUGAAAUCCAGCAGCGGAAGCAGAAGAUCCGGGAGGGUGAAGGUCAGAAAGGUCAUCAUGGGUCCCUGGAGGGGAUGUCCACCUCUACCAGCUUUCCAUCCAGUGCCGAAAAAACUCACCCACUCCCACUGAUGGAUGCCAGGAUCAAUGCUUACAUUGAAGAAGAAGUAAAAAGACGUCUUCAGGAUUUGCAUCAUGUGAUUGGUGGUGACAGCAAAACAUCUGCCGAUCUGAUGAAGGAUAAUGAGAAACUUCACAAUGGCACCAUUCAACGUAAGCUAAAAUAUGAGAGGAUGGUUUCUCGCUCUUUGGGAGCAAAUCCAGACGACCUGAAGAACCCAAUUAAAAUUAGUAUUCCACGCUAUGUCCUCUGUGGCCAAGGGAAGGAUGAGCACUUCGAGUUUGAGGUCAAGAUUACCGUCCUAGACGAGACAUGGACUGUAUUCAGGCGUUACAGUCGUUUCCGAGAAAUGCAUAAAACAUUGAAGUUAAAGUAUGCAGAGCUUGCUGCCCUUGAAUUUCCUCCAAAGAAACUAUUUGGAAACAAGGAUGAACGUGUGAUCGCCGAGAGGCGAAGUCACUUAGAGAAAUACCUCAGGGACUUUUUCAGCGUGAUGCUCCAAUCUGCAACAUCGCCCCUUCACAUCAACAAGGUGGGGCUGACUCUCUCGAAACACACCAUUUGUGAGUUCUCGCCGUUCUUCAAGAAAGGAGUCUUUGACUAUAGCAGCCACGGAACCGGGUAGAGCCAGGGGAGAUGGAGGAACCACCAUGCAGUGCCUUUUCAACGUGGGCCUCCGAUGCAGGGCAGCCUCCUACACACCGGGCUCGGCCUGCCUCCCCCAAAGAGGGCAGACAGGCAGCAGCUGACUGGACCGCCUCACGUUUUCCCACCUGGUGCCUGAGUUUGGGAAUGGGAUGCUGUGCCUGCUGGUGGCGACCCCGAUGGGCAGCUGCUACUGUUCCUUUACAGUUGAAUGUGGCCUUUCCCAUAGUGCUUCCUUCUCAUCGCACGGCGGAGUUGCUCCCCUGUGGCAAGAUGGGUGUGGCUUGAUUAUUUGGGGCUCCUAAAGUCAAGUGACCCCCGAAGUUCCCAAAGUGGGUGGCUCACCAGACCACCUUCACUGACUUUCAUCUGGUGUGCUUUCACCAAAAUACACUCAUUUUUUAAUAUUCCUUCCAUGUGGCUGGUUGUAUCUCCCAAGAAAAGCAUCUGAAAUUAUUUCACUGUAUUUUUUUUCUUUUGUUCUCUCAUUUGAAUCAGAACUCUUCUGUAACAACUGAAAACACUGAUGUUUACACAGAAUUUCAUAUUCUGCAAAAGGGAUUUUUGGUCCAAUCACUAGAGUCUUCCAUGCUUGACACAUUGGAUGUAGGUGGCAUCAUUUAAAACCUCUAUAAGUCCCUACAAAUAGCAUAUUUGUUUAACUUUGAAUAUUGAGAAAUUUUCCCCAAUGUAAAUGGCUACUGUGCAUUCUCGAGCUGCUUUUGCUAAGCACAAAAUAAGCGCAAAGCUGAAUGCAGAUUUUUAAAAUAUUGUUUUGUUCACCUUUUUGUUAUGGAAUCUACUGGAUCUUUAGUUGAAAAACUAGACUCUACAAUAGUUUGUUAAUGAUCCCUUAAAAUACUCAGGACUUAAUGUAGCAUUGCACAUCUAUGUACAGUAAAACUGUUUUGUUUUACUAAAGAAAAAAAGUAAGUAGAAAAAAUAUAUAUAUGGUAUAUAUUGAAAUGUAUAUAAUUCUACUUAUAGAUUUAUAUAUGAACAGACUCCUGUACAGUAGUUGUAUCAAAAUAUAUAAUCAUUCACACCAAAUUUAUUAAAGGUAUUUGCUUUUUCAAAAUUUAAAUUAAGCUGCUGUCAAUAUUAAAGGAAGUUAUGGAAUCUACCCUGUAGCUCAGUUUGUUUACGUUCAUACCCAUUCCCACUAGUCUGUUUGAAUAUUGAGCUACCAUGCUUAGAAAGACACAUGAUGUAUAAUUUAGCAUUUUUGUUACAGAAGAUGCCUUUAUAGUAAUGAUUGAAGUUGCAAAUGAAUGGGUAACAAACAGGUUUACAUUCAGUCUUCUAGAAUAUGCUUGCACAACAGAGCUCUCUAGCCUGAAAAAUAUGUUUAAAGAU